GGAGAAGAAGAAGAAGACGAAGCAGCAGCAGAAGAAGAAGAAGACACCGUCGCUCACUCAGGAUUUCAGUCAUUCUUCCCCCUCACCUCCUCUGGCCUGACAGACGCACCAGCCCAUCACCAUGAACUAUCUUCGCCGGCGCCUAUCAGACAGCAGCUUUGUGGCCAACCUCCCCAAUGGCUACAUGAUGGAUCUGCAGAGACCGACUCCUCCUGGUUCAUCCACUUCCACGCCUGCCUCCCCGGCCACAGAGAGGCGUCAGCCCCCGAGCAUGCCAAGCCAGACCCAGGGCUCUGGCUCUGGCUCUGGCUCAGGCUCAGGCUCAGGCUCAGGCUCAGGCCCAGGCUCAGGCUCAGGCUCAGGCUCAGGCUCAGGCUCAGGCCCAGGCUCAGGCUCAGGCUCAAGCUCAGGCUCAGCUCCAGGCCUGGGUGCAGGGAGCUUCCUCAGCUCCUUCUCCAGCGUGGUGAAGAGUGCUCAGAUGGCCCAAAACGUUGCCGCUGCUGCACAUGCCAAAUCAGCGGCAGCAUCAGCCGAUGGCGCCGCUGCAGGAAACAGUCAGCCAGCCAAGCCUGUCAUACGCAAGCCCAAGAUCCUGCUGGUGAUUGAUGAUCAACACACAGACUGGGCGAAGUAUUUCAGAGGGAAGAAGCUGAAUGGAGAAUACGAGAUCCGGGUGGAGCAGGCGGAGUUCUCAGAGAUCAACCUGGCCUCCUACGUCAACUUGGGAUGUAUGGUGGACAUGCAGGUCAACAAAGGUGGCAGUAAAGUGGUGAGAUCCUUCAAGCCAGACUUCGUCCUGAUUCGCCAGCACGCCUACAGCAUGGUCCCCGGCGAGGACUUCAGGAACCUUGUGAUCGGCCUGCAUUUCGGCGGCGUCGCGAGCAUCAACUCCCUCUUCUCCAUCUACAACUUCUGCAGCAAACCUUGGGUGUUUUCUCAGAUGAUUAGGCUCUACCACUCCCUGGGUCCGGAGAAAUUCCCCCUGAAUGAACAAACCUUCUAUCCCAACCACACGCAGAUGGUUACAACUCCUUCCUACCCUGUGGUGGUCAAGAUGGGGCACGCCUACGCUGGCAUGGGAAAGAUCAAAGUUGAAAACCAACAGGACUUCCAGGACAUCACCAGUGUGGUGGCUCUGGCCGGGACCUACGUCACCACCGAGCCCUACGUCCUGUCCAAAUACGACAUCCGCAUCCAGAAGAUCGGUAACAACUACAAGGCGUACAUGAGAACGUCCAUUUCUGGCAACUGGAAGGCGAACACAGGGUCGGCCAUGUUGGAACAGAUCGCUAUGACUGACCGAUAUCGCUUGUGGGUGGACUCCUGUGCUGAGAUGUUUGGUGGCCUAGAUAUCUGUGCAGUGAAGGCUGUCCACGGAAAAGACGGCAACGACUAUAUCAUCGAGGUGAUGGACAGCUCCAUGCCUCUGAUUGGUGAACACGUGGAGGAAGACAGACAGCUGAUCACAGAGCUGAUCAUCAACAAGAUGGCCCAAGUGCUGCUGGGAGUCUCCACACCUCAGCCUUCCACUGUAAAGACCACACAGCCCAAACGAGGAGGACAGCGCUCUUCCUCCGCCUCUCCGUCCUCCUCAGCCCAGGGGUCACCUCAGCGAGCCCGGUCUGCCUCCACCUCGCCCAGCCAGGCCUUCCAGCCCGGUCCCAUCCCCGCCGCCUCCGGGCCUGGAGCUCAGAAGCAGUCGCCACAGCUAAACAAAUCCCAGUCACUGACCAACUCCUUCACAGAGACGUUACGAGGAAGUGUGACUGACGACGAGGCCAAAGCCGAGACCAUCCGCAGCCUCCGACAGUCCUUCGCCAGCCUCUUCUCCGACUAACAAACUUUCCCAGGAGCUUCCUCUUCCUGUCAGUCGUCAGGUGUGGAGAAAAAAACCAAACCCUGACUGGGUUAAUCUGUAAUGGAGUCUCUUUCCUCCUCCGAGCCUCAGCUUCCUGUUCUCUCUCCAUGUUUGUGAAGUCAAACACCUGGUGCGACCCGCUGUCGUCAAAUCCACAAUAAAUUUAUCACUAGAAAGGCCAAACGGAUUUCAGAUGAAGGUCACCACGGUGAUGAGUGAAACUUUAAAAGCUGACAUAUUUGUGUUUGUUUUCUUCACAGGAGAUGUUAAGAGAUGAGGGAUACCAGUGCAGACGCAGAAUCAAACCAAACCCCAUUCACAUUUCUGUUACUUUUACUCCACAGUGCUGUUCACUUAAGAAAAUAUAAACACAUACACUAGGUCCAUAUAGUCAUAAAUUUAGCCUUUAUUUAGCAGAUUUUUCCCAAUGUACUCGUGCAACUGUCUCCUUUUACCCAUAAUUCCUUGUAUUUCUUUAUUUAACAGCACUGCAGGAUUCAUGUAAACAAAAAAAGUUUUAAAGUCGAUGCUGUAAUUUGAAGUGCAGCAUCAGUACAAAUAUGUGAAUGCCCUCUUGCAUGCAAAUCAUCAGGCAGUUAAUGAGUUUGGCCUUUCUAGUGUUAAAUAACUACAGUGUAUAUCAUGAUCUUGCUGGUACUGCUUGCUAUGUAGACGUUAUUCUUCAUUUGUUCGUCCAACCAGUGAAAUUGUUUACUGUUCAUGUUUAACUUAUUUCUAUAUUUAUUUUGAAUUUAUUUCCAGGACUUGAAUUGACGCGCGGCUUCCAAACAUCUACAGCAAUAUACUUAUCUGAAUCUGUUCCCGUGAGCUCAUGAGAAAUUCACCGAGUCCACACGGUUCACCAGCGACCUUUUCAAGCGUCUUUCCAGCACAUCUCUCAGACAUCCACGUGCUGUAGACACACAUUGGCUUACUCCUUUACCUUGGCCGAAAAACUACCAAAGUGCUUUUUAACAACGCAGUAAAAAAAAAAAAAACAUCCCGUCUGCACUGGGUCAAGAAAACAAAGACAGCGAACCAACUCAUGAGCUUGUGAUUUCACAAGGUGCAAAUGCUGGACUGGCUCGCAGCCAUGGUCUUCCAUCACAGCUCAGAUCUUCCCCCUGCGAUCUUUCUUUUUCUUGAUGUUUCGUGCUUUUAGUGAGUAGCACUAUGGAGUAUUUUUCUUGGGGAUUUGUAAAAUACGAUCUACUAAUAUGUGUUUAAAGGUAAAUGGAGAGGUUGUAAUAUCUUGAGACUAAUUAUGUGCUUCAUUCAGACAGAAAAAGAUUUGGUUUGGUCGUGUAACAUCGCAUCUUAAUUCUCCUUUAUUCUCUACAACCAGUGUCAGCUGGGACAGCAGAUCAUUUAGCAUCCUGUUUUAGCUUUUGGUCGCAUGGUGUGUGUGUGUGCGUGUGUGUGUGUGUGUUGUAUCAGUUACUUUCAUCCUGCUUCGGAACUGCACGUAAAUGAAUGUACAGUACGUAAAGUCAAACAGAGUCAAACAUAAAUCUUGGUCUUAACUAUUUAGAGAAAUUUUGAUGAAAAUGAUAUUGAACACAUGUUGUUAGAAACAUCUUUAUGGCAUAGGUACCCACAUGCAGGACUUGUUAUAAGCCCAAAGGUAAUUUCCUUCCAAAUCUGCUUUUAAGAUGCAACCUACGCUAUUAUGAUCUAUGUAAAAAUGUAUUUAGGUGAUAGAAACCUAAUUCCUAUUAUUUAUUGAAUUGUCUUUCUCGGUUGCUUAUAGUUAUCACCAAAUUACAUCUUAUACCGGAAACAUUACAAUUUGAAAUUACAACAAUGAGGCAAGGUGAAUUAUUUCCCCCAAACAAUAUUUCCUUCAGCCUCGGUGCAACAGUUGCCUCCAGAGAGAGUUUGACUGUAUAUGUUGCUUUUCAUGCAGAACACAAUCACAAUCUCAUAAUCUAUGAAUUGGACAUAAAGAUGUCUGGUCGUUGGCGCCAUAAUUUUCUGUGAAAGAAAACUGAAUAAGCAGAGAUAUGUUUUUUUCUCCUAUUUGGUUUAGAUGGACCUGGACAAAAACGAAAAAUAUGAAAAAGAGUGUAAAAGGGAACAUUCAUUGUGCAGUAUAGAGUUUAAAUGGACCUGUCAUGUUUCCAAAGUAUUACGUUUAUUAAUAAUAAUAAUAAUAAUAAUGGUCCUUAUUAUAAGAUAACAUUUAUACAAAUGCAUGAAUCUGUAUAAAAUCUAUGUCGUGUGUGGCUGUGUGUGUGUGUGUGUGUGUGUUAAGUUGUAAAUUUGCCAUUCUGAUUAUCAAUGAUACGAUCACUAAAAAAGAGCCGCUCAUCUUGGCAAUAAUUUUGUUAAUAAUAAGUUCUACCCCAUUUAGUUUUUAAAGACAAGUCGUUAUUUUUACCAAGCCUUUUUUUUAAACUAGCAUUGCUUGUUCAUUGCACUAAAAAUGCUCCGUGUGCGUUAGCUUUGUUAGCUUGACAAAAUAAAAUGCACUCAACAUAACGAAUAAUGUUACGAAGCAAUGAUCAGGUUUGUAGUUUUACUUCAACAAACAGUUGCUCUGGAGCAAAAAUAAUCGGAUCUUUAUCGUCAGUGUGUGGAGCUACAGUUGUUUGUCUAACUCAAGUUGCUAGCUGCUGUUGCUACACAAGUUUAGCUUUUCAUCAUCGCACAGCACUGUAACCAAAUACAUGUUUCACUUUUAAAAUGAGGACUCGCCGGUAUGUGUCAUGAAUGCUCUUCGUUAUGUGAAGUAAAACUAAAAUAAUGUCGUGUGAAAAGCUUCUUUACCGUUAAAGUAACAUUACGACUGUUAGCAGUAAGCUAGGCAAACAAACACGCUAAUAUUUGUAGCUCAUGUAUCGACUAUCUAAUCCGUUUCUUACACGUCUGCUUCGUAUUUUUUAUUUGAAUUAUAGACCGUUUAUAAAGAUGAACGUCGUGUCCCUGGACUCAGUCAUUCGGAGCCACAGUAGUGAUCGUAGAGUGGAGCCACAAUAUCAAAGUCCCGCCCAUACAUGUGCUCAGCCAAUUACGAGUCAGUCUCAGCUGUCAAUCACGGUGUUUUUUCCUGUUUUUGUAGCAUAAAAUAACUAGUUAAAACCAAACUUCAAGGAGAAAAAUGUCCUUGAGUUGCACCUUGUAUUUUUUGUUAGGACUUAUGACCUAUACUGCAGACAGCCACCAGGGGGUGUCCGAGAUAUUUUGGCUUCACAUUUGGGGAGUUGUCGUGUCGUCCAUCUUUAUAUACGGUCUAUGCUUUGAACACAGGGCGUGGUCAGCAAACAAUCAGUCAGCCUACUCACGUUCAAACACCAGGAAGUCUAUGCUUGUGAUAUUUUCUUUUAUCGCCAUUUCAGUUUGCCAAACCUGUUGUUUUGAGUGUUGUCUCGUUCGUCAUAAAUCUGCAUCCAGUGAUUGUUUGGAAAAGUAAAACUGAUCUGCAGAUAAUCCAGUGUCUCGUCACUGAGCACUUUUUUGCAAGCGCCUUUGGCACUGUGUCAAAACGGACCAAAUUAGCAUCUUGUCGUGAGACUCCCUGACAGUUACAAUCAUAUUGUUUUUGUUUUGUUGUAAAGAUACCUACCACUUAGUGUGUUAUACUGCGAUGUGAUAAGCCAUAAACUAAACCAUGAGGAUUCACUGUCCCUUAUGUGCCACGCAAUAACGGCUGUGACAUCACUGAUGAACUGACUCUGAGCACUGUGUCUGUUACCUUUAAAGACGUUAGGUGGCCUGUCCACACAGUUGAAUUACCAGUAUGUCUGUCACGAUGAAAGGUUAACUCUGAUGUCACUUCUCUCAGUUUUAGUGCACUUUGGGUUUAAAAUGCAGUUCAGGAUGUAGUUGCUGCCAACUACAUCCAUAUACAUAUGUUCAUGUGCAUCUAUAUAUACAUAUAUAUAUAUACGUAUGCUCAUGUGUUAGGUCAGAUCAAAAUCAGUGACCAGAUGUCAGAUGAUUUAAGGUUUAUUUGCUUGUUUGGGUUUUAAAAAUGUUUUAUAACAAAGUCUCUCGCUCGGCUGCUUUAUCGUAGCUUAACACACCUGAUACAUUUGUUGAUUUGACUCAAUUUGAACUGAGCUGCAAAGUUCACUAGUAACUACCUCAAGUUGAGCAGUGCUCUGCAGGAACUGACUGUAGAGUGGUAGUACUGGAACAGGUUUUGUGAAAAGAGCAGCGAAUGACGAAGAAAAGUGAGACGGAGGUGCUUCCUUUCAAUUUGUUGUGAUUCGUGGGCUCUAGAAAAGUGUGACACCAGCCCCAGAAAGACCAGAGUCUUGAUUUCCUUUAACAUCCAGACUAACCCUAGCCCCCCCUGCAGGUUAAUCCAGCCCCGGUUCCCAGUUUCUUUUAUGGUUCCAGCCUCUAAUGACAAUUAGAGAUACAAGUCCUUUAAUGUUACUUGUUUGAAUGACAGCUUUCUCAGCCAGUCACAGCCCUUAGCUUCACCCUUCCUCGCCCCAAAAUCUCCUAACUUAUAAAUGUCUCUCUUGAAACCUGCUGUUGAUGUCCCGGAUGAACAUUCGUUUGCAGUGUGUGCACCGUCGCUGCUCCUUUCACAAAACUGAAAAGUGUUGCAUCACUUCACUAUGUCUUUCAUAUUUUUUGGAGAUAACACAAUACUCAAUUUAUUUGUAACUUGUUUUCUUUCCUCUUCGUUACGACAUGGUUGAGUCACUGGCUCAACUCUGGGUGUGUUGAACUGAUACAAAGCCUGAAUAUAUGAAUAUAUGCAGCCUCAGAGACUUGCCAUUAAUACAGCUAAUACUGCAAGGAAAUCAAGUCCUCUUUAAAUAUGGUAUUUGUAAAUGAAACGUGAAAAUAUUAAUGUCAUUGCACGGGUUUAUUUGCCGAUCUUUCAGUCCACUGUGUCCCUUCCUCUCCGCUGAAUGGUGGGCGAUAUCGUGUGAUACUCUAAGUGUAUAGAUGUUCGGUAUAUCGGUGUAAAUGUGGCAUGAAAACAGACCCCCCCCUCCCCUCUCUGUGUGCCUCAGGUGUGUACAUUCGGUCGUCAUGUGAUCUUAACGUCUGGCUGCUUAUUUGUGAGAAGUGUGAUGCAUCUCAUGUGUUUCUGUAAUUUAUUAGUAUCAAGAUUAGUUUGUUUUCUGUAUUUCACUUCUUUUGUCCGAAAAAUCAAGAUUUCUGUUAUUAAAACUUUUAUUACA